GUUAUAUAGUAGCCAAUCAGUAGGUAUAUAUGAUGGAUAUCAUAUCACAAAAUGAAGUUGAUUUUUUCAUUGAUCAUAUUAAGGAAUCAAAACUCAAUGAGCUUGGAUCAAAAAUAUGGUACGAUAGUCAUGAUCGUUUGCAAAAACUUAACCAACAAGCUACAUUUGAUGCUACUGAAGGUCGAGAAGAAUAUAUUAAGGACCAACUCAUCAGUUACGGAAAAGUUCCUGUUAUUGUACAUGAAGCAAUUUGUGUAGCAAUAUGGAGGGAAAAAGUACUUCCAGAAGUACUAGGUAUUAUAUCAAAUCCUACACAAUCAUUCACAUUAUAUUUUGUCUUGUUUCAUGAAACUGUGGCGAUUGGAUUGUUACAAAAGAUACUAUUUCACGAGGAAGGUGUUCAGUCACUAGGAAAUUAUGCUUUGGAUCUGUUUGACCAUAUUAUAUUUUCAAUUACCCAUAUAGCCAUUGGGAAAACAAAUAAUUUUCAAAUCUCCUCAAAAAUAUCUGAUACGUCAGUAGUGGAUGAAAUAGUUGAACAUAAACAUAAAAUACAAUUUGAAGUGGGAAUUGGUUGUAUUGGCAUAUUGUUUAAUAUGUUACUACACAUAAAAAACCUAUCGUUAUCUGUUACUACAAGAAUGACAACUAAUAAUGAUGUACCAAUGUUAAUAUGUCAAUUAUUAAAUGUAAAACCUUGGAUAAAGUUGGAAAACGAUAAAAAAUAUAUUUUUCAAGAUAAUUCAUGGAAAAUAAUGGAUGAAAAAGAAAAUAUUGUACCGAAACAAGAAGCUCAUUUAUGGUUAAGUCUACACGAAUUUUUCACGUCAGAACAACUACGUAACAGUUAUGAAAUUACUCAAUUUCGAAAAAAAAAUCUUAUGCAGUUACAACAUUUACUCAAUGAUUGCCUUCUGGAUCAAAUUCCUCCAUUGAUACACUUAAGACAAUGUUUAUAUCAAUUGAGUUUAACAGAAGUUUCAACACUGCUCAAACGACCUCUAAUUAUAGAAUUAAAUGCUGAAAUAAGGACUACUAUUCUAAAUACUUAUGCAAAACAAUGGAAAAAAAUUGCUAGAACUCAAGUAGCUUAUUUGUUUGGAAAUGAUUCAUAUGAUGUAGCUAAAUCAUUGAGUGAAACAUAUGAAAAUAUUGAUCAUUUUGAGGCUAAAGAAAAUAUUUGUGCUUAUUGUAGAAAACCAGCAAAAAAAAGGUGUUCUAAGUGCAAAAAUCAAUGGUAUUGUAGCCGGAAAUGCCAAGUAACCAAUUGGGAUGAACAUAAAAUUGUUUGUCAGUAACUAAAUUAUAUUUUCUGUUAUAUAGGAUAUAUUAUUUAUUUUGUAAAUUU